CAUAUUUAAAAAUGAAAAUAACUCAUUGCAUCUUUGAUAUGGAUGGUUAUUUACAGGAUACGGAACGAAUCUAUUAUGAAGUGACAUCUGAAAUUCUGGGAAGAUACGGGAAAACUUAUACAUGGGAGCUUAGGUCACUCUCAUUGGGACUUCGACAAUAUGAUUCUGCCGAUCUCUUGGUAAGGGAAACCGGUAUUCCCAUGUCGGUGGAAGAGCUCAUGAAGGAACGAAAUGAAAAAAACAUUGAAAGAUUUCCUAAUGCCAGACCUAUGCCCGGUGUCAUGAGGCUUAUAAAGCAUUUGAAAGCCCAUAAUAUUCCCAUAGCAGUUGCAACGAGUUCAAGUCGUGAUAAUUUCGCCGUCAAAUCUCUCAAUAAUCAAGAACUUUUCAGUAUGUUUGAUAGUAUCACUUGUGGGGAUGAUCCGGAUGUCAAGAAUGGGAAACCUGCACCAGACUUGUUUCUUUCUGCUUGGAAAAGUAUGGGUAGUCCACCUUUAGAUCAGUGCUUGGUAUUUGAGGAUGCAAUUAAUGGGAUCCAGGCUGCAAAGAAUGCAGGAAUGCACGUGGUUUGGGUCCCAGACCCUAAUAUAGCACUACUACAUCCAGGUAAUAAUGAUACAGACGAAAUCCUUUCUUCUCUAGAAGAUUUUGAUCCAGCAAAAUAUGAGUUACCACCUUUUGAUAGUUAAAGGAUAUUUAAAUAGAUUAUCCAUUUAUGUUUUGAUACAAUUAAUAAAUAUUGUUGAUUAUAAUAUAUUAAGUUUAUUC